AUGCCUUUACCUCGGAAGAGUACCUUUUUCCCUCACAAACCCGUAUUGACCGAGCAGAACCUCCCUGACCAACAGGGCAAGGUCUUCAUCAUUACUGGCGGCUCAGGCGGUCUCGGGAAGGAGCUCGCUGCGAUACUGUACCAGCACAACGCCAAGGUGUAUCUAGCGGCACGGAGCGAGAAAAGAACCGCAGAAGUAAUCAAAGAGAUCCAGAAAGCUCACACUACGUCGUCUGGUGAACUGCUGUUCCACCCCUUACAGCUGGAUGAUCUGACUAGCAUCAAGUCAUCUGCGGAGCAACUCCUCGCUCGCGAGUCCCGACUGGAUGUCCUCUGGAACAACGCCGGGGUGAUGGUGCCCCCUCAGGGAUCCACGACUGUGCAAGGCUACGAAUUACAACUGGGAGUUAACAAUUUGGGCCAUUUCCUUUUUACCCACUUCCUUCAUCCCCUCCUGGCGAAGACAGCCGCAUCGGCCACAAAGAACUCUGUUCGAGUUGUCUGGGUUGCCUCUAGUGCCGCGGACAAUGCUCCCAUACCUGCCAUUGAUCUUUCCAACAUGGACUAUCAUCAUGACGAAGGGAUCUGGAGUAAGUAUUCCCGAAGCAAAGCGGGAAACGUUCUGCAUGCUGUUGAGUAUGGGAGAAGAGCUGGAAACAAGGGCAUCAUCAGCAUGAGUUUAAAUCCAGGCAAUUUCGUGACCAACCUUCAACAGUCAAUGCCUAAAAUGCAACUGGCCAUGUUUAAACUCAUUAGCCACCCCCCAAUUAAUGGGGCUUACACAGAACUCUUCGCCGGCCUUCAUCCAUCCAUUACUGAAGAGAAUAACGGCGGCUGGGUCGCGCCAUUCGGCAAAUUGGAACCAGUGCGCAAGGAUCUGUUAGAUACAAGUCUUUGUCGGAAGUACUGGGAGUGGUGCGAAACACAGGUCACACCAUACAUGUAA